UAUUCUUCUCGAAAUACGACAAAGUCACAAAACUUGUAAUACAAAGUUCCAAAUCCCCUUUAGCUUUUACUUGUUUCCAGUUUCCUCCUCUUGUCUCUUAUCUCUGUAUUUCAAAGUUUUCUUAAAGGAAAAAAGGAAAUUGAAUGAGCUGAACUUGAACUGGCUUUCUUUUGUUUAAUCAUUUCUGUUUUUUUUUUUUUUAUUUUGCGUUGGUGAUUUAUUGUGAGAACGGUAAGGGAAGAGAAAGAAUAAAAGGGUAGGAAUCUGAAAAUUUUAUAAGCUCUCUGUUUCAAGUGAAGAAGAACAAAAGGGUAUUAACCGAAAGGCAAAGCAAUAAAGAAAAGAAAAAAGAUGGGAGAAACAGAUCAUCACCACAACCCACCUCCACCGCAAGUGGUUACACCACCGAAUCUUGCGCUUUCAAGGGGACCUACUUGGACUCCUGCUGAGCAACUCCAUCAGCUUCAAUACUGCAUCCACUCCAACCCUUCUUGGCGUCAAGCUGUUUUACUGGCUUUCCAACACUACAUUGUGAAUCUUGGAACUACAGUCUUAAUUGCAAGUAAUUUCGUGCCUCGGAUGGGUGGGAAUCAUGGUGAUAAAGCCCGGGUCAUUCAAGUGUUGCUGUUUAUGUCAGGCAUUAAUACUCUGCUUCAAACGCUUAUUGGCUCAAGGCUUCCCACAGUGAUGGGUGCAUCUUUCGCAUACACCUUACCAUUGUUGUCGAUAAUCAAUGAUUAUACAGAUGAGGCCUUCACAUCUGAACAUGAUCGGUUUGUUCGUGGUAUAAGAACCAUUCAAGGGUCACUAAUUGUUUCUUCCUUUGUCAACAUCAUCCUUGGGUAUGGCAGGGCAUGGGGGGAGUUGACAAGAUUCUUUAGUCCCUUAGUUGUGGUGCCAGUGGUUUGUCUCGUUGGUCUUGGUCUGUUUGCAAGAGGUUUCCCAUUGCUAGGUAACUGUGUGGAAAUUGGCCUGCCUAUGCUCAUUCUGCUGGUUAUUUCUCAACAGUACCUGAAGCACCUUCAUUCAAGGGCCCAUCAAAUACUUGAGAGGUUUGCUUUGCUUUUCUGCAUUGGAAUUAUCUGGGCUUUUGCUGCUAUCCUCACUGUCUCUGGUGCUUACAACAAUGUCAAGACUACCACUAAACAGAGUUGCCGCACAGAUCGAUCUUACCUACUGUCAUCUGCUCCAUGGAUUAAAAUUCCAUAUCCAUUUCAGUGGGGUACUCCUAUAUUCAGAGCUAGCCAUGUCUUUGGGAUGAUAGGUGCUGCACUUGUUUCAUCAGCCGAGUCAACUGGAACAUUUUUUGCAGCAGCUCGCCUUUCUGGUGCCACAGCCCCUCCGGCAUAUGUACUCAGCAGAAGUAUUGGCUUGCAGGGUAUUAGUAUGCUGCUUGAAGGGCUUUUUGGUUCUCUUGUUGGUACUACAGCAUCUGUUGAAAAUGUUGGCCUUCUGGGACUUACACAUAUAGGAAGCAGAAGGGUGGUGCAGAUUUCGACUGCUUUCAUGAUAUUUUUCUCCAUAUUUGGAAAAUUUGGUGCAUUCUUUGCCUCUAUUCCAUUGCCAAUAUUUGCUGCCAUAUACUGCAUUUUAUUGGGCAUUGUUGCUGCUUCUGGGAUCACAUUCAUACAAUUUACAAAUAAUAAUUCCAUGAGAAACAUCUAUGUUUUGGGUGUCUCUCUAUUCCUUGGGCUAUCGAUUGCUCAGUACUUUUUACUGAACACAACUUACGACGGUUAUGGACCAGUUAGAACAAAUGCUAGAUGGUUUAAUGAUCUAUUGAACACAAUCUUCUCAUCACCUGCAACUGUGGCGAUCAUUGUCGGGACUGUCCUUGAUAACACACUAGAUCCGAAACAUGUGGAUGAUAGAGGAGUUCCAUGGUGGAAACCAUUCCAACACAGCAAGGGAGAUGCUAGAACCGAGGAGUUCUACAGCUAUCCCCUCAGAAUAAAUGAAUAUAUCCCCACCAGGUUCCUCUAAACAUAGAACAUUGUUUGUAUAUUAGUUGCAGUACGGUCAUGUUUCAUGUUUAUAUGCAGGAACUUUGUGUUAAAUCAUUUACAAAACUGUCACAGUUGGUCAAUGUGCGGAAUUUUAAUCUUCUACCGCCAUAGUUAUUUUCUUUGCAGUUUAGAUUGUCAAGUAUUGUAGCUUUUCAUGGUAGGCAAGUAGUGAAGUAGAUGACAUUUUAUUUCUUAUUGAUAUUCAACUGGGUGAGAAAAUAAGAGGGAACUAGUGAAAAUAGUUAUCCUACUUUUAUCAAGUAACAGUUCCUUGGUUAUUUGGAAGAAGAAAUAAUCUUCUUGAGAAGUCUUAAAAUGAGGCUUUGAGAUCAUAUUCUAAUAUCUUUAUUUCCCUGUGUUGAAAGGAAUGGGAACAAGU